AUGACAUCCGCCCUUGACUUCCCGAACAAUUGCUCCACCAAUGUCUACACUCUUAACGAUUUCGGCGAGAUUGCAUAUAUUGUUUGUUCAGUAGCAACACGAGCAUCACACGACACUGCAUCAUGGAGCUUGACGCCUGAGAACAUUAUUGAUCGACUUCGCAGAACAGAGCGUCAGUUCCGUGAGGCCUCCAUUCUUGCGGCGCUGGAUGUUGAAGCCCACCAGCUAUUUACCUUCUACAAGAAGGUGGAUAUCGCCAAUGCCAAAGAUCAGAAAGCCUUGUUGAGCAAGUUUGGCUUCGUCCUCCGUAGCAAUACUUGCACUAUAGCCUACAAGACGGCCGCACGCCUACCGGAUCUGAUAAAACCCGAGCAUGCUCGCUUGUACCGGCUCUUUACCACUGCGGUUGUCUCAAGCAUCAAGCUUCUGCCUAAUGGCGAUUCUGCUCUCCAGCCUGUGGGACUGAACAUCUACUUGGUUGAACGAGCAGCAUCCGAGGGACUAACCCAUAUCGAGUCGAUAAGGAAGUGGGAUCUUUAUCGCAUUGACUUGCACGUCAUUCCAAGCGGCCAUGUCAUCCUGACCAUCGUCAGGGACGAGCAGGUUUCCUUUGUUAGGAUGCUGGAACUCGGCCAGGAUUCCAUUCGACUUCAACACCUCACCCAAGAGCCCACAGCAGUAUAUCUUGCACCAGUCGGUCGAAUUGCACGGUUAAUCGGACCAGGCGUCGAGACCGAUCUUGGGCAUACUGCCACUAAUCCUGGGGACGUGGUCAACGGAGUCAGGACCUUAGAUGUGCGGAAGGAAUUGUGGAAGGAGCUUCUUCCAGCAUGGUUGAAAGAAAACAUGAACAUGGCCUUCGAUGAUAAAGAACUGCCUUGGAUUCAUGUAGAACUCCCAGUGCAGCAGGUUGAAGGAAACUCAACCGCUGUUGAGAACGAUUCCAAAUCAGAUGACGCCUACGAAGACUCCAUCAUCUGGAGGCCGGUAUUCUGGCCAGCGAAACUUUCUUUUGUCAUCAAUGGUGACAAACACAACGGCACCAGUACGCCUAGUGGCGGGGAAGACCCCAUGCAGUUCGUGCAAGAUUGGCUGACUGGCCCCGGCAAAAGACCUGGGUCUACCAUCAAGGGUGAGCGGACUAAUCCUGACGCCAUGGAAGACGAUGAUGAACCUCUCUUCGUUGAAGAUGGUGCAUUUGGUGACCCAGAGCAAUUCCAGUCCUUUGGGCCUCCAGCCUUUUCCAGCAGCCAGGCCAUCUAUCCUACACCUCCUGAUGCUGUGAUGACGCAUCCUACUCCUGGUCUAUCUUCCUUGGAUGCAAUUGCGAUGACCCCGGCUAACAUUGCCCGGAGGCCGUCCGAGAUGGCGCAGCCGCAAGAUUCAGAGAUGCAUGACUUCGAAGAGGGGCCCGGGCCUGGCGGUCUUUCUAGAUUCUAUGAUGAAGAUCUUUUUGAAGAAAUGCCUGAUGAUCAUUUUGGUCAAGAAGUCAACGGCGACGAACCGAAUUGGGACUUCUUCGACCGGCCUGGUGUUGAUAGCAGAUCCACUCCGAUGGCGACUACGAAUCGAAGCGAGAUGUUUGCAACUUCGACGGGCUUACAAGAGGGUGCGAUGGAAUCAAGGUUUCGAUCGGUUAACGACGAUGACGUGAUGCCAUUGGAGCAUCGAAGCAACAGCCCUGGUGACAUAGGCCCGGUCAGUACGAUCAAGAUGCCGGAGGGGGAAAUGGAAAACCAAGAAAUUACGCCCAACGCAGAGAAGAGAAGAAGUUUUCCCCACAGAUCCAAUAACAAAGAAUCUCCCCAAACGUCUCCGCGAUUCCAAGGCUCUGGAGCAGGUCACAAUGGUGAAGAGGAGGCUCAAUCUCCUAAAAUUAGCUCCAGGCGGCGGUCCAGCUUCUACGGAGCUAUACGCCAGGCGUCAACAAUUUCUGAUCGGGACAGCAAAUAUACCGCGGAUGGAGAUUACUGGUUUGAUCCGAAUCCCGCAGCCUACCAGUCCAAGCCCUUAUCUACGCCGAAGACGAUAUUUCAAAGGCCUUCCUCAAGCCCCUCCGAGAGUGACAGCUCUCUUGACAGUCCAAACUCUUCAUCGCCCGCUGAUUACUACGGAUCGGAUUCUGCUGCCUUGCCUAGACAAUGGAUUGAGUAUGAAACACAAUCACAGGACACAAUCAACAAUCUUGACGAGAGAAUAGGAGGUUCGCCCAGCCAGGAAGUUCAAGACCUUCUCAGCUUGUUGAAGCCUGGGCUAAUAGAGCCUCCUUCCAUCUCUGACUUUGUUCUGCGCGAUGGUCUACAUCUACAUUCAACCGUUUCCGCCAGCGAGCUCUCACAAAUUGCUCAUAUACUUGUUGAGCAGGUAUCACAGACAACUCUGAACAUCCCAGAUUUGCAAGUUGAUCAGUCGGCAGAGGGCCUUGAAGAGCACUUUGAUGUCAGUAUAGACCUGAGCGGUAUCAACACGUCGACCCAACCGGCAUCUGUGUCGCAGCUUGUCAAUCUUGAAGCUGACAGCACUGGCCCCAAGAGCCAGGGUAAAGUGGUGAAGCUUCCUCCAAGCCAGGUAUGUGUGCAGCGUGCAGACCAGCCGCUUGUAGCUGCGCCUUCUAUCUUGGAUUUCUGGGACACCCUGAAUCUGCAACCUGGAAAUGGUGCUAAGGCUGCAACCGCCUUCUGCGUACACCCGAAUGCUCGAAACAUAGCGGAUGGAUGCCUGAACCUCUUACAGCGGAUGACGGAUACUUACAAUAGCUGCUCACUCGGAUUGCACUCGACCGGACGGCUAUCUGGCGUCACAGAUGAUGGCUUAAUCGUUUGGGAUCGGAAAAGUACGAGCCGGAGCGAUCUCCAUCAGACUUGCCGGAAGGUUGGCAGCGCGCUUGCGACGGCUUCGAACAUCAAAGGCACUGCUAUCAUCUACAUGAUUAGUCAGGACAGAAGCGCCGCAUCCUAUCUCGAGGCAUGUCAGGCCUUUUGCAGCCUGUUCGAGUCGUUCAGGCAGGCGCUUGGGGACCGUGAGGAUGUCUUCGACAUUGCAUUGCAAGUCAUACCCCAAGACUUCGUCGCAAGCCCCGACACCUUGGUGAUACCUCCUCAAAGCGCCUACAUCAGAUUGGCAAUAGAGGUCUACAAUCGCCUGCCGCCGCCGGAUCUCACAGAACCACAGGCGGCCAGCGGGUCCGCCAUCGUGCUGGCAAAGGUAGACACCUCGGUCCACUUUCGACUUUCUCCGACAUUUACCUCGCCACUAUCUUAUAACGGACCGUGCUUGCACCUUGCAUAUUCCGCCAGUGUCGACGACAGAUGGAUUUGUGCGACCUGGACAGAUGAGCUCGGCCAAGUCGCGCUUAUGAUGUCGUAUUGUACUCGCGUAUGCAAUGCAUCGCACAAAAGACCGAAGUCAGAAAUCUUCAGAGAGAUGUGGGAAAUAUCGCACGACAUAAUGGGAAGAGUCCACAGCUCGUGGCGUUUGGCUGUCGUGAAGCAAGGCUACUAUGAAUCAGCUGACUUGCUGGACUGGAAGCAGAUCAUCGAUAAUCCCAGCAACUCACAAAGACAAUGUGUGGCGAUGCUGCUCUCUGUUCAACUACAUCCUGAAUUGAAGGUCUUUCCACCGCCCGCUCAAGCAAAGACAGGUCAGGUAGGCUUGCAAAACACGUACGGAACGCCCGCAUCGACACCCCAAGCCAGUAUCACGUCGCCUGAUCAGCUGAUUGCUGCCACUCCUACACCUGGUGGCAGCUCAAUUGUCAAUGCGCCCACCCCAUCAGAACCAGGAUUCGAUCCAAACAUUGAGAGCGAUCUCACACUAGUGGAUCCGACAGAGGAAAGCUGGGGCGUUAUUCUACCCUACGGAGUCAACCAAACGACAAGCAUGGUUGGGCUUCAACCGGCCUUGGUUACUGGGCUGCUUUUGAAGCGAAAAGGCUCUAAGAUCGAGGACGGAUGCACUGCGAUAGAAGUCAGUCUCAUCAGCAUAUCAGCGCCGACUACUGAAAGCUCUUCAGAGAAUCCAGAAGAAGUACUUGAAGACCUGUUGACGCAGUAUCGCGGACUUGUGACUCUGGCGGCGACGCGAGGCUGCAUUGAUCCGCUGAGAGAAAGUGUCCCGUGGCACAUUGCAACUUCAGUAAGAGGCUCGCGUGUGCUUGGAGACGUCUUGUAG